AUGGCUGAGAUGCAGAACUCCAAUCCGACCAUCCUCAAUGCGGCUGAUCUGCCCACCCGUCUACGCCCUGCGGUCCCGCACAAGCCCGGCUACGGCACCGGCAUCUUUGCGUCGGCUCUGCCCUCACCUGCCAACCCGGCUGACUUCCUCUGCGCCAGUCCCUACGAGUCAGAAGACUCGGAUGAUGACAAUCUCCUUGAGGAGCCGAUAGAUGAACAGGAGAUUUACGAUCUCGUAGGCUCGGUUUCGGACCCUGAGCACCCCGUCUCGCUGGGAGAGCUGGCUGUUGUCUCGCUGCCCGACAUCAAAAUUACUCCGACCCUCCCGAACGUCCCUGAUUCGCCUCUGCAGACCGUCACCGUCCUUAUCACUCCCACCAUCACCCACUGCAGUCUGGCCACCGUCAUCGGCCUUGGGGUACGCGUUCGCCUGGAGCAGUCGCUGCCUCCUCGCUUCCGUCUGGAUGUGCGUAUUAAAGAAGGUACCCAUAGUACGGCAGAUGAAGUCAACAAGCAGCUCGCGGAUAAGGAACGGGUCGCUGCUGCGCUGGAGAAUGGAGCGCUGAUGAAGGUGAUUGCCAAGAUGUUGGAGACCUGCAAGUGA